CUUAACUGCCGCAGUUCAACAGGGCUUUAUACCUCUCUGCUCAUCGCCUCCCAUUCACCCUCGGGGCACAUCUACCGUUACCCUGCGACAAUCCUAUUAUUAUUGGGCUCGUGCCUCCCUGAUACAGUAUAAAGCCAGCUAGCCUGGCAAGGGUGCUGGCAUCGCAGCCUCUCUUCCCCUGUUCUUCUCUUCCUAGCUCUGUUGCUCUGGCGUGCACCCUCGACGUUCAAUACGCUUGAUGCCUGCAUUUGAUGUUGUGGUCGUGGGCUGCGGGGGAGGCCCCUCGGAAACGAAUUUGUCUGCCUAUCUGCUCAAGCCUUACGAUGCCGCGUGGUUGGACGGGACCGUCGCUCUGGAAGCUGGCUCCGGGCUCGGGACGCUGAGCUACGUCAUGGCGCUGAACCCCAACCUUUUCGAUGAUGAAGACGCCCAAUCCACCUGCGGCCUCUCAGCAUACGACGUCUACUCGUCGAUCCGCUGUUUCCUCAUCACCCACGCCCACUUGGACCACAUCAACGGCCUCGUCCUCUCCGCGGGCACGCUCAAGGGCCCGCGUAAACGUAUUCACGCCGCGCGACACGUUAUCGACAACAUCGAAACCGUGUUCUCGGAUCGCGUCUGGCCGAAACUCGCCUCCUGGAGCGCGAAGGACGACGAUUACAAGCUGAUGUACGACCCGCUCAAGUUCACAAAGUCCUACCGGACGAUCUCCCCCAACGUCUCCGUCCGCAUGACGGCGGUCACCCACGGCCACAACGACACGACGGGCGUGUACGAGUCCACCGCGUUCUUCCUCCGGCACGACCCCUCCGGGCAGGAGCUGCUCUUCUUCGGCGACGUCGAGCCGGACAGCGUCGCGUCGCGGCCGCUCACCCUCGCGACUUGGCGCGCCGCGGCGCCCAUGAUCCCCGAGACGCUCGGCGCGAUAUUUAUAGAGUGCUCGUGGCCCCUCGGGCGCCGCGAGGAUCUGCUGUACGGCCACCUGAGCCCCGAACACCUCACCGACGAGCUCGCGGCGCUCGCGACGGAGGUCAAGCCGCGCCCGAGCCCCGUCGACCCCGAGCUCCUGCGGGACGCGCUCAAGGGCCUGCGCGUGUACAUCACCCACUGCAAGGACGACCUCGAGGGCCGGUACGAUCGGCCGAUCCGUCACGUGAUCGCCGACCAGGUGCGGGAGCUCGUCGAGAAAAAGCGGCUCGGCGCGGAGAUAUUGAGCGUUGAGCAAGGCUCGCGUAUAGGUCUGUGCUAUUCCGAGCUGGGGCUUUCGUCGCGCUGA